AUGGCCCCGGGCGGAGGGGCACGGACAGUGCCGAAGCAGAAGAUUGAGAACAGGCACUGUAACGAGAAGAACGAGAAAAAACCGAAAAAAGAGAAGAAGAAGGAGACGGCAAAGGCGAAUGACAUUUGGGGUGCUCAAGAGCUGGAUGAGCGUCAAAAGCAUGACAUCGGUCUGCUUUCCAAGCAAGGCGGGGGGCUGCGCAAGGAGGUGCCAAGAAAGAAGCGGGAUUCAACUGUUGACCCGAUCAACCCGAUUGACACGAUAGACCCCGUGGUGCAGCAAAUCUUGGAGCGCUACGGGAGUCCGCAGAUGGCAACGCAGAGCGUGCAGAGCGUGCAGACGCAGAUGAUGCAGAUGAUGCACGCCUUGAAGUCCAUGGCGCAAGAUCUCUCGGCCUCGGAGCAGCGAGCGCUUGCUGCGGAGGAGAGCCUUGCGUCGACGGAGUCGGAGUUGGCUCGCGCCCAGCCAGUUGAGGCGGCCGAGGCGGUCGAGGAGUUGGAGCUCGAGACGCCGAAGCGCACGGACCAGGACCGCGAGCGGAAGUUGCUGAAAGAGGCGAUCCUGCGAGGAGCCAAGCUCAGCCGAGCCAAGGCCGAAGUGGAGAAGCAGAAGGCCGAAGCGGAGCUGGAGCAGCGUGUGGUGGAGCUGCAGCGCCGCGCCAGCCUGGACCGCUCGCGCCGGCGCCGAGAGGCCGACGCUGCCGAUGCCGCGGAGCAGCGCGCAGAGCGGGCAGAGGAGCGCUUAGCAGACUACCUGCGCGCCUCCACUUCUGGGGCUGAUGCCGUGGUGAAGUCGCACAUGCAGCACCUUGCCACAGCAAGCCAAGGGCUGGCGCAGAAAGUGAGCGAGCAGGCGGAGAUCAUUGAAGUCUUGAGAGGUCUUUUGCAGGAUCACAAGGCUUUCAUACGCAAGGAGCUUGGGUCAGAGCUUAGCAUGCCCAAACAAGACUCUGACUCUGGAAGUGCAAGUUCUGACAGCAGCUGA